AUGGCGUCGUUUUGGCUCGUCUCUCGCGCUUCGCGUAGGUUUCUGAAAGCUAAACCUUCACUUUCUCUCUCCCGCGCCCUAUUCGCAGUUACCACCUACCAACCAACCACCACCACCACCACCACCACGAAAAAUUCUAACCCUAACGAUUAUCCCAACGGAAACCAGUUGGGCCCAUUCACUCAGAGGCAACGUUGGACUCCCAGUUGCGUCGAAUUUGAUCUGAGACUCGUAGCCCACAUCUCCAGCUCGUCUUCAUCUACAGGCGCCAAGAAGGACGAAAAUCAGGGCAGCAAUGACGUCAAGGUUGAAGUUGAGGCGUCUUGGAUCGACUUGUAUUUGCCGAGACAAGCUCGCCCUUAUGCGAAGCUCGCUCGCCUGGACAGGCCCAUUGGCACUUGGUUGCUCGCUUGGCCUUGUAUGUGGUCAAUAACAUUGGCUGCGAGCCCAGGACACCUUCCUGAUAUUAAGAUGAUGACACUAUUUGGAUGUGGGGCUCUGCUCUUAAGGGGCGCUGGAUGCACCAUAAACGAUCUCCUUGACCGGGAUAUUGAUACCAUGGUGGAACGUACAAAAUUGCGGCCAGUUGCAAGUGGUCUUUUGACACCUUUUCAGGGGAUUUGUUUUCUUGGAUUUCAAUUGCUUUUGGGUUUUGGAAUUCUCCUUCAACUGAAUAAUUAUAGCCGCGUUUUGGGGGCUUCAUCAUUGUUGCUAGUUUUCUCCUAUCCUCUCAUGAAGAGGUUGACAUUCUGGCCUCAAGCCUUUCUAGGUUUGACCUUUAAUUGGGGAGCUUUAUUAGGAUGGGCUGCAGUUAAAGGAAGCAUUGAUCCAGCUAUAGUGCUCCCAUUGUACCUUUCUGGAGUUUGCUGGACACUUGUGUAUGAUACGAUAUAUGCACAUCAGGACAAGGAAGAUGAUCUGAAAGUAGGUGUUAAGUCGACUGCAUUGAGAUUUGGUGAUUCAACUAAGGAGUGGAUUACUGGGUUUGGAAUUAUGUGCAGCAGCAGUCUUGCCCUCAGUGGAUAUAAUGCUGAAAUCGGGUGGCCAUACUAUGCAUUUUUGGGGGCUGCAUCUGGACAAUUAGCUUGGCAGAUAUGGACUGCUGACCUUUCAUCCCGGGUUGAUUGCAACAGAAAAUUUGUGUCGAACAAGUGGUUUGGUGCUAUUAUUUUCAGUGGAAUCCUGUUUGGAAAACUUUCAUCGUAG